AUGUCCCCCACCGAAUCCGAGAUCGCGAGCUCCCUCAGUAGCCACGACGCCCUCAGGCCGAUAUCCUCCGUGCUUGUGAAGGAUGUCUCAGGCGGAUGUGGCAGCAUGUACGCCAUUGACGUCGCGAGCGCACAGUUCAAGGGAAAGGGCCUGUUGGCGCAGCAGCGUCUGGUCACCAAAGCCUUGGGCGAUCGGGUCAAGGAGUGGCACGGCGUCCAGAUCCGAACGAGCGUUCCCGAAGACGCUUGA